AGAAGAAAACGAAGAAAAGGCGGCGCAUUGAGAAUAUCCUAGCCGCCACCUCAGUAGUUGAGCGCAGUGUACUGUAGUGCAGAAUAUUCAGAAAUUUCAAUCCGAAAAGGCAGCAGAACGCCGUAAGCUGAUCCUUUCCGACGUCGUUUAGGUUUCCAUCGCCGUCUAUGGCCGCCGUGAUCCGCAGCCCUAUUGUCUUUCCCUCCACCCACGCCUCCACUUCCGUUCCUUCUUCCCGUAUCAUCCUCCAUUUCCCUUUUCCACAAACUUCAAAACCCUCUCACUCUUACUCUCACUCCCGCUUCCAAUCCAUCUUUACCACCCCACAUCCGAAAUGCACCAUUUCGUGCUCUCAAUCUCAACCCCAACCCGAAUCCACUCGGCGGCGUCCCCCUUACAUCCCUAACCACAUCCCUGACCCAUCGUAUGUUCGCAUCUUCGACACCACCCUCCGCGACGGCGAGCAGUCCCCCGGCGCCUCCAUGACUUCCAAGGAGAAACUCGACGUCGCUCGCCAGCUGGCCAAGCUCGGCGUCGACAUCAUCGAGGCUGGCUUCCCUGCUGCCUCCAAGGACGACUUCGAGGCCGUCAAAAUGAUCGCCAAAGAGGUCGGCAACGCCGUCGACGUCGUCGACGAUUACGUUCCCGUUAUCUGUGGCCUCUCGAGAUGCAAUGAGAAGGAUAUUCGAACUGCUUGGGAGGCCGUUAAAUAUGCGAAAAGGCCUAGGAUUCACACUUUCAUAGCCACGAGUGCCAUUCACAUGGAGCACAAGUUGAGAAUGACUAAAGACCAGGUCAUUGACAUUGCUCGCAAUAUGGUCAAGUUUGCUCGCAGUUUAGGGUGCGAUGAUGUCGAGUUCAGUCCUGAAGAUGCUGGCAGAUCGGAUAGGGAGUUUCUUUACCAAAUUCUUGGAGAAGUUAUCAAGGCUGGGGCCACAACGCUCAACAUACCCGACACCGUCGGCAUAACAAUACCAAGUGAAUUUGCAAAAUUGAUUGCUGAUAUCAAAGCUAAUACCCCUGGAAUUGAAGAUGUUAUCAUUUCCACUCACUGUCAAAAUGAUCUUGGACAUUCUACUUCCAACACCAUAGAGGGUGCACGUGCUGGUGCAAGGCAACUGGAGGUGACAAUUAAUGGGAUUGGUGAAAGGGCUGGGAAUGCCUCUUUAGAAGAGGUUGUGAUGACCCUGAAAUGCGCAGCAGGUGUCUCUGGCAGUCUGUACACUGGAAUUAAUACGAGGCACAUCUUUAUGACAAGCAGGAUGGUCGAAGAGUACACUGGUUUGCAGUUACAGCCACACAAGGCUCUUGUGGGAGCUAAUGCCUUCGCUCAUGAAAGUGGCAUACAUCAGGAUGGAAUGCUAAAAGACAAACGUACAUAUGAAAUAAUAUCUCCCGAGGACAUUGGCUUUGAAAGAUCCAACGAAGCUGGUAUUGUGCUGGGGAAGCUUAGUGGACGCCAUGCUUUGAGAAAGCGACUUGAAGAGCUUGGUUAUGAACUUAAUGAUGACCAAUUUCAGAGUUUAUUUUGGCGUUUCAAAGCAGUGGCUGAGCAAAAAAAGAGGAUUACUGAUGCUGACCUCAGAGCAUUGGUAUCAGAUGAAGUUUUUCAGGCAAAGCCUAUCUGGAAGCUUGGUGAUUUGCAGGUGACUUGUGGAACUCUUGGUCUUUCAACAGCAACUGUCAAACUUGUUAGUAUUGAUGGUAGUACACAAGUUGCUUGUUCUGUUGGUACUGGACCAGUGGAUUCGGCUUACAAGGCUGUUGAUCUGAUAGUGAAGGAACCAAUAACUCUUCUUGAGUACUCGAUGAAUGCAGUCACCGAAGGCAUUGAUGCAAUUGCCACUACACGAGUUUUAAUUGGUGGGGAGAAGACUCCUACUACUCGUGCUUUAACUGGAGAAACUGUUCAUCGAACAUUUAGUGGGACCGGAGCAGGAAUGGAUGUUGUUGUUUCCAGUGUCAAGGCCUAUAUUGCUGCAAUAAACAAGAUGUUGGGUUUCAAGGAAACAUCUUCAUCUGCUGAAAAAAUCCCAAUUUCUGCAUCAAAGAUUUGAGAAUUGGUGUUACUGCUUUGGUCACAGUUGCUUGUGAUUCUUGUUUACUGUGCAAAGAGAAAGAGAACGUCAGUAGCAUCCUUACCUUUCUCAAGUCUCCGGAUUAAGAGAUUGAAGCUGUAUUUUAACAUGAUUUUAUUUGCAUUUCUUAGUUUACCAAUAUCCAAUUAAAUGAUUGAAGUUGUAUUUUAACAUGAUUUUAUUUGCAUUUCUUAGUUUACCAAUACCCAACUAAGGCUAGCUAGGUAUUGAUAAACUACGAAGUGCAAAUAAAUCAUGUUGAGAUACAGCUUCAAUCUCUUAAUACGGAGACUUGAGAAAGGUAAGGAUGCUUAGCAGCAACCAAUGUAAUUUAAGUCCGUUUUAAAUAUUUAGACUACAUAGAUUCUUUCCUUCCCUUUUUUUUUUUUUUUUUGAGGGUCUCCUUUAUGGAAGUCAUGUAUGUGCUUUAGUUAUACAACGAUUGAAGUGUUUUGUUUUAAUGUUUUUUCUGUCUCAUUUCUCUUUGUGCAUAAUAAAAACAUG